AUGUUUCGCGAAUUCAAUUGAAACCUUCAGAACGCAGAAGCGACAUCAGGCAGAAAACGGCAAAAGUUUAUUUUCUCUUGUGGUGUAAAAAAAUUAAUUUUCUGUUUUUAAAUGUUUGGUUCUCGUGAAAAAUGGCAGAAAAUUAUGCAGUGCAAACUGCUAGUAAGGUGCCCGUAGAUAAACUUGUGCGCGUUGGACUGUAUGAGCUGGGAAAAACGCUGGGUCGUGGAAAUUUUGCCGUCGUGAAACUCGCCUCGAAUCUUGUCACAAAGUCAAAGGUGGCAAUUAAAAUAAUUGAUAAAACAUGCCUGGACGAGGAGAAUUUACAAAAGACUUUCCGGGAGAUCUCGGUGCUGAAAUUACUGCGCCACCCGCAUAUAACGCGUUUGUACGAGGUGAUGGAAUCCAAGUCGAUGAUUUACCUCGUGACGGAGCAUGCGGCGCGUGGUGAGGUGUUUGACCACCUCGUGGCACAUGGACGGAUGACGGAGGAGGAGGCAUCACGGGUAUUUGGCCAAAUAGUCUCCGCAGUGGAAUAUUGCCAUCGCAAGGGGGUUGUGCAUCGUGACCUGAAGGCCGAGAAUGUUCUCUUGGACAAUGAGAUGAACAUUAAAUUGGCGGACUUUGGAUUUAGUAAUACUUUCACGGACGGUGUGCCCCUGAGUACGUGGUGUGGUUCACCGCCAUACGCAGCCCCGGAAGUAUUUCAGGGGCUUGAAUAUGAUGGCCCCAAGGCUGAUAUAUGGAGCUUGGGGGUUGUACUGUAUGUCCUCGUGUGCGGUGCUCUGCCCUUCGACGGGGCGACAUUGCAUGAUCUACGAAGUGUGGUUGUUGCGGGGAAAUUUCGCAUUCCCUUCUUUAUGUCGCAAACUUGCGAGGACCUCAUACGGCAUAUGCUACUCGUGCAACCGGAGCGCCGGUAUACACUGAAGCAGGUGGCACGGCACCCAUGGAUGGCCCAAUGGACGGGUAUGAUUGAGGAGGUAGCGGCAUUGGGGAGUAGCGACCCCAUGAAUCUCGAUUCCGUAGUUAUGACGCACAUGCUUCAAUUGCCCGGCCUGACAGCCGACAUGAUAGCUCAAUCGGUGCAUGAGAAUCGCUAUGAUCACAUCUAUGCCAUCUACAAUCUUCUCGUGGAUAAGCUACAGAGCAAAAAACGCGAGCAGCAGAGAUUGCAACAGCAUGGAAACUACAUGUAUCCCAGAUCGAGAAAAGCGAGUAUUACCACGGGAAUCGUGGAGAGGAGUGAGCCUCCAAAGACAGAGGCAAUUGAUCGUUUGAGUCCACUCACAAAUAGUGGAAUGCCUUUCCUCACAACCCACAAUCCAUGUGAUUUGAGUACAGACUUUGAGAAGUUUAUCGAUACAGACUUCGAUACAAACAUUCCUGCACCUCCAACUCAGCAACUUGGCGUACAGCACUUCCCACUGGCACCAAAUACAUCAGGAGGGAAUACAAGGAGGCACACUGUGGGCCCUGGGGAUGUGGCACACGAGCAGGCCCUUGUCAAUCCAUCCGCACCGCCGAUUCCGUUUAAAUUUGGCACUGAAUGCGGAACAAAUUUACCUGUAAAUCUACCAAUGUUGCAAAAUCAACCGCUACACAAUUUUACCAUCAAAGACCAGCAUCUGCUGAAGCCACCAACAGUCAUGGGAGCAAGUUCUUUUGGUCGACGAGCUUCCGAUGGAGGCGCCAAUUUGCACAUUUUCUACCCAACCACGAGCACAAGUGGACAAAAUAUGGAGACACUGUACAAUCCACCACCGGCUGGAGAAUGUUUUGCAGUUACAAGUGCCGAAAGGGUGGAAUCGAGGCUUGAAACAUCACCCAUUGAAGUGGGUGAUGAGUCUAAUGACGAAAUUCAGAGAUAUAUGCAUGGACGUGGUUGCUCAAAACGCCAUACGGUGGGAUGCACUGAUGACUUACCGGCCCCUCCGAGUACUGUUAGUAGUCCAAUGGAGCCUCCUCUGACGCACUCCCCGGUGAUUGGGGGAUCCAGUGGGGGGCGAACUCGAAGAAGUGGAUUGCUGACAGUGACCGAGAGACCACCAGUCAUAAGUCCCGAACUGAUCAGAGAAGUGGAAGCACGCAUGAAUCGGAAUUAUCUACCACCUUCACUCAUGCAAAAUUCCCAGGGGCAAUUGCAGCAAAAUACAAGUGCUGCACGUCGUUAUGGACGCGCCUGCAAAUUGCCAACUGUGCAGGAAGUUGGUCGCUAUAGUCCGGUGAGGCGUGCUUCUGAGGGCUCCAGGAUCAAUACACAAUUUCAGGGACCGCUCCAAGAGUGUCAGCAACUGCAAAAGGGACUUGCUCAACGAAAUCUUCUCAUCACACCAAGUCCUCCACUUAUUGAUAAUUCUGUCAGUUUGCCGGGAUCCCCGAUACAUUAUAGACUGAAUGAGGAUCAUGCAGCACAUGACAUCGAUAUUCCAGCGGAUAAGAUGAUUAUGCUAAUGUCGGGCCUGGAGCGUUUGCUCAAUGAGUGUCGAAUAAGUGUUGAAACGGCCAAUAGUAUUGUGACAACACGACGGGUGCCGCUUGAAUUGGCACAUCAUCUCGGUCUUAUGGCACAUUCGGGUAACAAUGGCCUGGAUGUUUCAUCGCCGGCCAGUCACAGCCAAAGUGUAUCGCCGAUUCCGGGGAACUUUGGCAAAACGAGUGGCUUCAAUUCACCCCUGGCUCAUUACAGCGGAAGUGCCUGCCCAUCGCCUAUCUUCAAUACGUCCCCAAUGCAUCAGAUAACAAAGGGUAUUAGUGGACUCAAUACGGGCGGUGGAUCAAUCUCCAAGGGUACUUCGGCGGUAUCGGAAUCCAAUCAGCCGCUAGAUCUCACAAUGGACAGUGGUGGGGGGAAUGUACCAGAGGGGGCUCAAUGGUAUAUUCCGGGGAAUUUCUAUGAGCUCAAACCAUUGAAUUUGUCUCCGGUGCAGCAAUUGCGAAUCAUCCCAACACCACCGGCAUCGCCGAAUUUGUGCAUCAUUCAGGAGGAGAAUUCAGUGGCACGAACGGCAAUGGAAGUGCCGCCGAAUGUGGGUGUUUUGGCAACUGAUGAAACAGCCAUGUCCCAUCCACAUCCACAGAUCUGCCUCACGGAUGUUCAGGGGAGUGAAAUAACGUUGGUUGCGCUGUCUGACUCGAGUCGUGAUAGCGAAGAUUCCCUCGACAUUCACAACUCCAUUGGGCUUCAGGGGCUUGUGAUUACGGAGCCGUCGAAUGAUAUGCCGUCAAUUACACGUGGUGUGGGGCGAAAGGCGAGCCUUGAGAGUGAAUCAACGGCCACAACGAGCUCCAAAGGGAACACCAAGGAUAUCCCCGAGACUGAUGCACGACGUGGGAGUGACAAAUCGCUGGGGUUUAGCGAUGAUAGUCUCAGCAAUGAUUCCAAUAAUCUUUCCCCCGGUCAGGAGCCGUCGACGAGCUCGGGGUUUCGGGGUAGUGUGGAUUCGCACAGUGAAAUGGGAAAUGGGGAGACACCAUUGGAUUUGGAGGAAUGCUAUGAGCUACCACUGCCGCAUGAGUGCUCAAAUCUCGAUCCCACGCACAUCCUUGAGAUUGUCAAGAAGACAAUUGACUCAAAGAUGCCACCAAAGGGAUUUGUUCUCAAUCGCGUCGAUGCGGAUCGCGAUGUGGCUCUCGUGGAUAUCUCGAAUCUCAGCCUCGAGUACUCCGGGGGGUUGCAAAUUGAACUGCAAGUGUAUGAAGGACGGAGUAAGGACAGCGGGGUGCGUGGAAUAAAGUUGAGACGCAUCUCUGGUGAUCAAUUUGAGUAUGGAAAGCUAUGUCAGCAACUGAUUAGUUCUCUUACAGUGUGAAAUGCAGAGUUCCAUUCCUCUGAAGGCAUCGUCCUCAGUUUCCCCCAAACAGGGUUACUUUAGAGAGAGAGUGGAAGAUGAAAACAAACAAAAAAAAAACAAAGUAUUAAUGAAAGAAUUGGGUUGUAGUGUUUGAUAUGUCGGGAGUUUUACAAGAUGGCCCAAUUGAAGUGAUUCAAGUGAAAAAAAAAACACGUAAGAAGAAAAUUAUUCCACUCAAUAAAAUUGCAAUAUCCCGACAAAAUUAUCAGUUAAA